UUUUUAUGGCCCAGGUCAAUGAUGCAAUUGAAUUGUCGCACCAAUCAAUUACAGGUUAUAUCGGCAAAUGUCAUUAUAGCAGUGUCGUGAUCAGAACGAAUGAUUUGCUAAAACCUAGAUUGUUCGAACUAGCAGAUGAAACUUAUGGGCUGAUUUUUGCUUGUCGAUCCAACCCAAAAAUUGAUGUUGGAUCGACAAAUGAUGCAAAUGAUGAUCGUCAUAACAUCAUUCGAUAA